AUGGCCGUAACGAAUUCUGGCAUUGAGAAUCACUCCGAUGUGGUCGUGGAGUCAUCUCUUAUUGUGACAAACGACUCCAAACAUUUCCAGAAAUGGGAGCGCGAAGUGACUUCAGACGAUGAAUAUCCGCUUCCCACGGUAGAGGAAGGCAAAACACUUCGCAAGGUUGCAGGUUCUUUGCCAAUGGUUUCGUUCGCUUUGUGUCUUGUUGAAUUCGCUGAGCGCGCAUCCUACUACGGUGCCAAAGCUGUUUUCAGCAACUUCAUUCAGUUUCCACUCCCCGAAGGUGGCAAUGGAGCGGGUGCUCCCCCACGGGGCACUCAGAAGACAGCUGGCGCCUUGGGGAUGGGCCUACAAGCGUCGUCCGGACUAACACUGUUGUUCCUCUUUCUUUCAUACGUGAUCCCAAUUUUUGGUGGUUGGUGGGCCGAUGUACAUGUCGGUAGAUAUAAGGCAAUCUGUGUGGGCGUCCUGAUUUGCGGAGUUGCUCAUGUUAUUCAAGUUUUCGGUGCUAUUCCCUCUGUUCUCCAGAAGGGCACAGCUCACGCCGCUCCACCAUUCAUCAUUGGGCUAAUUCUUCUGUCUUUUGGCGCGGGUAUAUUCAAGCCUAACGUUUCACCUUUGAUCCUCGAUCAGAAUCCCCACAAGAAAGCUUAUACUAAAACGCUGAAGUCUGGAGAAAAGGUCAUCGUGGAUCCCGAAGCUACGACAAACAGAAUCAUGCUUCUCUUUUAUGGCUUCGUGAAUCUCGGUGCAUUCUUUGUGCUUGCGACUACAUACUCCGAGAAAUAUGUUGGAUUCUGGCUCUCCUUUUUGCUGGCAGGCCUUAUCUAUCUCUUGCUACCUAUUCUUCUGCUGGUUAUGUAUAAGAGAACAUAUAAAAGGCCACCGGCUGGGAGCUCAGAGGUUUCCCAGGCCUUCAAAAUUCUCGGCACUGCUCUUCGUCUGAGCAAUUUUCAAUUCUGGCGCGAGGACUUCUGGGACAUGGUAACGUCCGCCAGCCUUCAGAAGAAAGGAAUCACUGCGAGCUGGACAGAUAAGAACGUCAAGGAUGUUGCCAGAACAGUCGCUGCUUGCGAUAUUUUCUGGUUCUACCCAAUCUGGAACCUCAACGACGGCGGCAUCGGAUCCGUAUCGACGAACCAAGGCGCUUCAAUGACCACCAACGGCGCACCAAACGAUGUUCUGGGCAAUUUCAACGCCUUGACAAUCAUAUUCACCGUUCCAAUCCUUACUUUCGUGAUUUACCCCACACUCCGUCGCUACAAAAUCAACUUCGGCCCAAUCAGCCGAAUCACAUUCGGCUUUGUCCUAGCAACCCUUGCCGGCCUCGCUGGUGCUCUAGUUCAGUGGCGAGUCUACUCGCUGUCUCCUUGUGGCAACCGAGCAUCGACUUGUGAUGAGGUCGCCGCGAUCAGCAUCUGGUGGCAGCUUGCCAAUACUAUUUUGAGUGCUUUAAGUGAAUGUUUCUGCAAUGUCACUGCUUAUGAGCUCGCUUACGCACGUGCCCCGGAUGGCAUGAAGGGUCUGGUAGUAGCUUUUUUCCUCUUUAUGAAUGCUUUGUCGAGUGCAAUUGGUGAGAUUUUGCUGCCGGCGACUGCUGAUCCGUGGUUGGUCUGGAUUUGGGGUGCGCCAGCUGUGGCGCUUGCUUUGCAGACUAUCAUUUUCUGGUUCAGAUUCAAGCACCUAAACAAUGAAUCCUGGACAGGAGAAGAGGAUGAUACCAUUCUCGUGACCCAGAGGGAAGAAAAAGCGUAA